UCAUGGGGCUCCCACAAUGUACCCAGAAUAUAAAGAAGGAGACACAGGAAGCUCUUCAUCACUCAGCUAUCCUCCAGCAGACAGUGUGUGAACUAUAUUCUAUGCUAGGAAUUUAUGAAGGAUCCCAGACUGGGAAGAUAAUGGGACAAAACAUAACAAACGUGACAAUCUCUAAGACUAACAAGGAGGACAAACCGAGGAAUCCACUCAAAAGAAAAAAUCCUGACGAUGGACAGAAUGGAUGUAAGAAGCCCAGAGUAGAGACAAUGCCUUCCGGUACCCAAUCCAGAAAGAAAACCAUCUACAGUAAUGAGCAGAUCAAGUUCCUUCAGAACCAGUUUGACUGUAACCCGUAUCCAGAUUUUGUGAGCAAAUGUCGUAUUUCUCAGGUCACAGGGAUCCCAGAACCCAAUAUACAGGUUUGGUUCCAGAACAGAAGAGCAAGAUAUCUCUCAAGAAGAAAUCAAAUCCCGGAAAAGAAGAAACCUACAGCUCAAAUCCUUAUUGAUGUUCAUGAGAAGCUUCCAUCCAUCUCCAUGGAGGAUAUCUGGAUGUAG